ACUUAUAGUGCCAAUCAUCGCAAGCACAGACGCAGUUGUGAUUCGGAGCAGGAAAAGAGCGUCUUACGUCAGUCGGUCAGUCGCUGAAGUUAUUAUCGGACAUAUCAGUUCUAUUAAUAGAGAGCGGUUGAGCUUCGUCAAAAAUGCUAGGGUUGAGGGUGCUGUUAUUUAUACAGGCAGUUUUCGUUAUUGUUUGUUUAUCGUCCUGUUUUUGCAAUGAGUCGCCAAACACGCUCAUGGAACAGCCGAAUGUUUGGGAGCAAAAUGUCGACACUCUCGAUGACGUCACAGCAGUGAGGAAGAUACGCGGAUUCAGAAAAGGAGGGUUAGGUCUCCGUAUAUUUUCAAAGAAACCCGGUAAUAACAAUAGAAAGGGGCAAACGCCACCAGGGCAAAGUUACCACCCGCCGCCGCAAACUAAAGACAUCACAGGAAUUCCGGGCUUAGAAUCGCAGAAACGAAAAACUCCAGUACAGGGUGGUGGUGGAUUGAGAUCCAGGUGGCAGGACUCGAAGGGAAAAAACGUCUAUGAAUGGGACUCGAGGCACGGGGAACUCGAAAAGUACAGAAAGAGCGAUGGUAAGCACAUGGGAAGCUUCGAUCCAAAAACAGGCAACCAAAAUAAAGUCCCGGAUCCUAAAAAGAAUAUGGAUAAGAAAAAUAUGUAAUCGCACCGCUGUACCUGUUCUUUAACUAUGUAAGUCAAUAAAUAAAAUUGAAUGAAGUAUAACCGAA